CAGCGCGCGCACACACAAACAUACAAAUGGCGAAUUCCAGCAUUCUUCUCAUCAUCUCCACCAUCCUUCUCUUACUUUCCUUCUCAUCCCUCAGCCACGGCCUCAAACUUAACGGCCUAGAGAUCGGCUCCGUCAGAAUUAACGGCCUCCUGUACUGUUCAGUUAACGGAAACCUAAUCAGGAAUAGCGCUCCGUUACCAGGAGCCCUGGUCAGUCUAUCAUGCGGAGGAAGGACGGAGCUCGGCCAAGCCCUUACGGAUCCGGCCGGAGCUUUCACGGUCGUCGUGAAACUCUUAGACACAAUUCUCUUCGACCCUUCUCGUUGCUUCAUCAACGUUAAUCUACCGGGGGCUGAUUGCUCGGUUUUUCCACCGGACGGCGUUCUCACGGCGUCACUGAGUCUGGUCAACGUCGUUCAGUCAGCCCUUGGGAAUAUCGCUUACUUCACCGUCGGCCCUUUCGUGCAUUCCGUCAUCUGAUGACGGCGUUGAACUAACCGUACGGUUCCGUUCCGUUGAAUGAAAUAAAGUUGCAUGUUUUCUUUAUUAUAUUUGGAGAAUAUAAUAAAGGGGGUGUUUAUAGACUCGGUUCCUUUGUGUUUACAAAAUUAUGGCAAUGUAAUG